UCCGCUAGUGUAGGCGCUCAGGAACCAGGCAGCAUUUACGCGCGGCAGCCGGUCGUCGGCGGCCGGUCCGAUGCGUCGGAGCUACGCCGCUCUUUAAAGCCCACCUUAACCAGCUGAGAUUCAGCGACAGAGGUAUAAAGUAGCGCAGGGCGGGAUGGCGGGCGGGGAAAGAGAAAGGGGAGAGUGAUGAGAGGGGGGAGGAGAGAGGAUCAUUCUGGCUGGACGACCCCGCUGCUUUGGUAGAGCGGAGGGGAGAAAGAGAGGAGGGGGGGGAGAGAGAGAGAGAUGGCACAACGCCUCAGCAUCCAAACCACACGAGAGUGGUGCGCCACCGAGACCGGAGCCCAGGAUCCAUCACCGGCACCAGCAGCAGCAGCAGCAGAAGCAGCAGCAGUGGCGGCAUCACAGUCACCGUUCCACCGCCUCGCUUCCUCCGGCAGGGAAGCCUCUCACCCAGGGUUAGAGAGACUGGCUAAGCCCUGAGGAUGCAAGUUGUUUUCAAUCAGUUCUGUUGUUACCAGCUGUGCCCUCACAUUCCCCAGGGUGGCACAAUAGAUAUUAAUCACCGCUCUCACCGUCUCUGCAUGUGACCCCUCUCUGUGAGGACCUGAGGAGAGAGAGCAUCUACUGCGUUUCUUCAAUCAAGACCCCUCUUCCAACAUCCGGCUCUGCUUCCUUACUCACCUGCCAUGGUGACAUGACAUACCCCUGAGUGGCUCCUGUCUCGCACACACAGACAAUCUCUUGGGUUUCCCUAAACCUCUCGACGCCUGUGAAGCUAUAAAAGACAUAUUAGUCUGACGGACAGUACCUCCGCGGAUCGAGAUGACAGUGGCUGUGAGAUUCCGGCGCCACUUACGUAGACUCCUGCUCCUUCUGGCUUCAUGCUGCCUCAUCUCCCUGCUCCUCUCUGCCUAUUUCCUCUUCUCAAACUCUUCCCCCUCAAUGCAUCUUGGACAAUCCGCCGAGCCCGCCUGCUCCCAGCCGCUUUCUAUAUCCCCGUACCGUCAGCUCCCCUACCCGUACCCUCCUAAUCCGCCUCACACUCAUGUCCACACCGACCCGGUGGUGCUGGUGUUGGUGGAGUCCCAGUACUCUCAGCUGGGCCAGGACAUCGUGGCAAUACUGGAGUCAGCCCAUUUCCAGUUCCGGAUGGAGAUUGCCUCAGGAAAGGGUGACCUUCCGCCGCUGACAGAAAAAGGCCGUGGACGGUACUCGCUCAUCAUUUAUGAGAAUCUGUUGAAGUAUGCACACGCAGAUACAUGGAACAGACAGCUGUUGCAUCAAUAUUGCACCGAGUACAGAGUUGGCAUCAUCGGCUUCUACCGCUCGACGGAGAAUUCCCCCUCUGUGCUCAAACUGCGAGGCCUGCCGCUCGUCCUAAGGACCAACCAGGCCCUUUGGGACUGCUGCGUGGUGUCCAGCUCACCCCUCCUCCAUUUGACCAAACCCGGCACAGAUCGAGGGGCCUUACCUGGGGAGGACUGGACCUCGUUCUCAUCUAAUCACUCCACAUACCAGGCCGUGCUGUUAGCCCGGGCUAAAGAGGGAGCGGGUGCGGGCAGCGGAGACAAUGCCGGACCUGGUUUCAGCCUUGGCCUCCAGGCCACGGUGGUGCAGGACAUGGGACUAUACGAUGGAGUGAGACGAGUGCUUUUUGGGCAGGGACUGGGCUACUGGCUCCACCGACUCAUCCUGGUGGAUGCCAUCUCCUACCUCACAGACAGGAAACUUACCUUGGGCCUGGACCGGCACGUUCUGGUGGAUAUAGAUGAUAUUUUCGUCGGCAAAGAGGGCACGCGCAUGAACGCCAAGGAUGUGAAGACUUUGCUGGAGACCCAGAAGCAGUUGCGUUCCUAUAUCUCCAAUUUCACUUUCAAUCUGGGCUUUUCUGGAAAGUUCUACCAUACAGGCACGGUGGAGGAGGAUGAAGGAGAUGAUCUACUACUGAAGUAUGUAGAUGAGUUCUGGUGGUUCCCCCACAUGUGGAGCCACAUGCAGCCUCACCUCUUCCACAAUGAGUCCUCUCUGUUGGAGCAGAUGGUCCUCAACAAGGAGUUUGCUCUGGAGCACAACAUCCCGGUUGACAUGGGCUACGCCGUGGCCCCUCACCACUCCGGCGUCUACCCGGUGCACCUGCAGCUUUACGAGGCGUGGCGGCGCGUGUGGAACAUCCGAGUCACGAGCACCGAGGAGUACCCUCACCUCAAACCCGCCCGCUACCGCAAGGGCUUCAUCCACAACAACAUAAUGGUGCUGCCUCGUCAGACGUGUGGCUUGUUUACUCACACCAUCUACUAUAAGGAGUAUCCUGGUGGACCUAAGGAACUGGACAAAAGCAUCCAUGGGGGAGAGCUGUUUCUUACGGUGCUACUCAACCCUAUCAGCAUUUUCAUGACCCACCUCUCCAACUAUGGCAACGAUCGACUGGGUCUCUACACGUUCGUCCACCUGGCGUCCUUCCUUCGCUCUUGGACCAACCUGAAGCUCCACACGCUCCCGCCUCUUCAGCUCGCACACAAGUACUUUCAGCUUUUUCCUGAACAAAGGAGCCCGCUCUGGCAGAACCCAUGUGACGACAAACGGCACAAAGACAUCUGGUCCAAGGAGAAAACGUGCGACAGGUUGCCUAAAUUCAUGGUGGUGGGCCCACAGAAAACAGGAACGACGGCACUUUACCUCUUCCUGCUCAUGCAUCCCUCAAUCUCCAGCAACUUCCCCAGUCCGAAGACAUACGAGGAGGUCCAGUUCUUCAACACCAAUAAUUACCACCGAGGAAUCGACUGGUACAUGGAGUUCUUCCCCGUGCCCUCCAAUGUUAGCACGGAUUUCAUGUUUGAGAAGAGCGCCAACUACUUUCCCUCGGAGGAGACCCCACGGCGAGCUGCUGCCCUGCUGCCCAAGGCCAAGAUCAUCACGCUGCUCAUCAACCCGUCUGACAGGGCCUACAGCUGGUAUCAGCAUCAAAGAGCUCACGAGGACCGUGCAGCCCUGCAGUUCACCUUCUAUGAGGUCAUAAGUGCAAGAAAGGCGGCGCCUGCAGAGCUGCGGUCCCUGCAGAGUCGCUGUCUCAUCCCCGGCCUGUAUGCUACACACCUAGAGAGGUGGCUCAUGUACUAUCCCGCUAACCAGGUGAUGAUAAUCGACGGUCAUCAGCUGAGAAGCGACCCCGCAGCAGUGAUGGACGAGGUGCAGAAGUUCCUGGGCGUCACUCCUCACUUUAACUACUCGCAGACCCUUACCUUUGACCCUCAAAAGGGCUUCUGGUGCCAGCUCCUGGAGGGAGGAAAGACAAAAUGUUUGGGAAAAAGCAAAGGAAGGAAGUACCCUCCCAUGGACCCAGAGGCACGCGCAUAUCUCUCCAGGUAUUACAGGGAGCACAAUGUGGAGCUGUCAAAGCUGCUGCACCGGCUCGGACAGCCCCUUCCCUCAUGGCUGAGAGAGGAGCUACAGAAGGUUAGAUAACAUUUCAGUCCAUGAGCCAGGGGUAAAGGUCGAGCUAUCAGAGAUCGGGAAGCGACCAGGAGCUCCUGACCUUCAUAUGGGCGCUGUCUGUGGCCUUUUUAGAGCACGCUGAGGUGAAGCCAAGGACGGAAGGACUUGUUUCACCUGUGAGCUGCGGCGCUGCUGGAUGGAGCGGGAGGAGUGAAGGGGCCAAGAAUCUUUGUGAGCUGCACUGCGAUGGAUGGAUGGAUGGAUGGAUGGAUGGAUGGAUGGAUGGAUGGAUGGAUGGAUGGAUGGAUGGAUGGAUGGAUGGAUGGAUGGAUGGAUGGAUGGAUGGAUGGAUGUUGCAGGUGACUGGAGGCAGCUCUAAAGAAACUGGGACUAAAACAAAGCGCCAGCUUCUAAUAACAAAGAGAGCUGUGGGAGACGUUGAGGAUUUGGCAUGUUCUGAAUGCCCAAACCUGGUUCUGAACUGACUCUCAUGCAGACCUGCAGUGACUUUAAUUUUUUUUUUCUUUUUUUUGAAUUGAUUUCUCCACUAAGUUAUGUUACCAGAGCAGCGCUGGUCAGCUGUGCAGGGUUCACAUAGAGAUUGAUUUGCACUGAGUUCUGUUCUAUGGAUCCCCCAAAUACGAAAUAAUACGUACCUUUCAAGAGUUUCUUUAAUAUCCUUUGUUUGUUUGUUUGUUUGUUUGAUGAUGAGAAUAAAAAGCAAAGAUGAGAUGGACUCAGGGUGAGUGACAGACUGUUACUUGUUUCUUUGGAUUAUAAAUCUCUUAAAGCAGGUUUAAGGCAGCUCUGGUAGCAUUGUUCCCUCCGCAGUACGUCGCCGGACACCUUCACGGGAAAAGGUUUGGACUGGAAGUGAGUAACUGAAACUAAACACGUAACUCAGUCAGGAUUCUCCACGUAUGCCGUGUCCAUUCAUUAGAGAAUGACUUCAGUUCUAAGAACUGCAAAUGUAUGACCAAAACUAGUCCAAAUUAUGAGAUGCGUUUAAUUUUGAAGUUGUUGUUUUGUUUUUUUUUUUCAGUUGGUGCUGUGACUGCCAGCAGGUUAUGUUUUAUCAGUGUCUCUUUUAGGUCUAAACCUCUUUUUCCCUCUGAUAACCAGUGGCCUAUGUUUAGCCUCAAUUUGAAUGCAAACAAACCUAAAUGUCGAACACAAAACCAAAAUUCCAAUAAAAAUGGAUAUGACUGCAUUAAA